GUGGAGCUUCCAGUCAGAUCGAGCCUCACGGUGAAUCUGGUCAAAGAGAAGAAACAUUCACCUGAUUAAGAGUCUUCCAUUUUUACACAAUGUCCAACUUUGAUCUGUCAGACGCCCUUGAGGGCUCACUUCAGCUGAAGGAGACAGGGAAUGGACACUGCUCCCGUGAGGUGAUGGGUUUGCACGAAGAGCAGUCCGAUAUCAGCCCAAGAAUCAACAUGGUAGUUUCCCAACGGCCCAAGAGCAUGCGACACUUAGCCACCUUAAUACUAGUGCCGAGCAGGAUGAAAAAGAUCCUGCAUGUCACAGAUGAGCAGCUGUGCAGCAUGAUCAUGGACAGCCCGGUCGAGGAAAAAGCUUCCAAAGAGCUUCAGGACCUCACAAAGUGUGAGAAAAGAAGCAGAUUUCAGCGUGUUAGCAGUGCGAGGCAGUGCACGCUGUGUGACACCUCUCAGAAGGAUCUGGUCAAGCCAGCAGAAGACCUGAAACUGCUGGCCAUCACACUGAAGGGAGGGAGCCGCUAUCAGAAAGUGAAUUUCAAAGUCUUCGAGUACAUCAGUCGCCACCAGCCCGUCGACACCCAGGCUGUUACCUUGUCAAUCACCAACAGCAACUGGUACAUUUCCUGCUCCAUGGAGGAAGACGAAGCUGCCUUGCACCUGGAGAGUUGCAGUGAGGAGGAUUUGAAAGUUGUCAGUACGGAUGGAAACAUGGACCGGUUCCUCUUCUACAAGAGAAACACUGGAAUUUCUAUGACCACUUUUGAAUCUGUCAAGUACAGUGGAUGGUUCAUUGGCACUUGUGACGUUGAAAACCAACCUUUGGGGCUGCACAAAGAAGACAGUAACAGCCAUUGCACCACUUUCACCGCUCUCUGAAGGGUAUUUCUCAGCUGCUGAGAAA